UUGUGGCUGAACUUACCGAUCAAACUCUGACGGUUGAGAUUUGUCACCGGGAAUAACGACCAUGAGCCGGUCUGUCCGCCGGAAAACACGAGGAGGAGAAAACAUGUCCGCCGCGCUCAAACUUACACCGACUUUCAGAGAAAACGUCGCCGAAUCUGCUCGGUUUUUGUCGGUUUGAGCUCGAGCGGAGCUAGCCUCAGAGGCGCCGAGGAGGAGCCAACUUCUGCCCGGGCUCCGGGCGCUGCUGAGCGGGGAGACGACGGCGGAGCCCCGCGGAGUCAGAGAGCCGUUAACGCAGCCGUUAAAACGGUUCAGACCGCGACUUUAGUCUGUAUCUCUCCGCCAUGCUGACGCUGUUUCUCCGGAGAGCUCUCACACACAAGUUACCGGCGGGACCGAGGCUGCCGGCGCGGCUCACACCGAGCUGCGGCAUGGGGACUCACGGCAGGAACGAGCCGAGGGAGCCGCUCAGCUCCCCGAAGGGAGCCAAGGAGUUCAUCUACCGGCUGCAGCCCGCCGAGAGGAGCAGCCUGCUGCGGGAGCUGCAGAGCUUCGAGUCCACCGCCAUCGCCCAGG